AAUGGGUCCAACUUAAGGCAAAGAGGUAUAGAAUUAUAAAUGAUUCAGUUAUCUCCAUAAAUGAGAGAGAGAGUAUUAAAGUUAUUUGCAAGAUUCGAUGUAGAUGGAUCAAAGUCGAUUGAGAAGUCAGAAACAAUAAAAUAUUGGUAUAUAUAUAAAUGUCAAUGGUAAUGAAGGAAGAGUAAUUUUGCAAAAUUGAAUACAGAGGAAUUAUUUAAGUCAGUAGAUACUGAUAAUAGUGGUACAAUAUCAGAAGAGGAGUGGUUAAACUUUUGGACAUAAGUAUUACGUAGUGGACAUACAGAAGAAGAAAUAGCAGAUGAAGUAAGCUAUGUCUAAAUAUCUGCAUUAUAGUUAGAAAGUAUUGAAUCUGGAUCUUCAUGGGUAAAAUUCGAGAAUUUAGAAAACAAGAAGGGUUGAUA